AUGAUUCAAACCUCUCAAAUACAAGUCUGUCAAUUGACCAAUCCAACACCCGAAGAAAAGGCUACUUGUCUUGAAAUCUACACCGAGGCAUUCAAGAAUGAUCCAUUGCAAGUACGCCUAUGCGGAGAAGAUCUUACCAUUCAUAAAUUAUUUCACAUGGCAAAGCUCGAACCUGCAUUUAUUGAUUGUCAAGUAUGGGUCGCCAGAAUAGAUGGGCAGAUUGGUUGCGUUGCAACUAUCGCACAACCAGGUAAAGAUCUUUGGGAUACAGAGGAGAAAAAGGUAUACAUGCAGAAAGCGCUUGAUUCAGUGAAUGAAGAUACUCGAAGAUGGUAUUCGAAAGCUUUUGGUCCCCUUGCAGCUAAAAAAGCAUUAGCGAUACCUGGAGGCGCAACCGCUACUUAUUACAUUCAGGGUAUAGCAUCUCUUUCGACUUUUCAAGGGCAAGGUUUGGCUUCAGCAAUUCUUGCCGAUUUGACUGCUCUUGCGACGAAAGAAGGCAAAUCGCUAUCUUUGCUAACAAUGUCUGAUAAAGCCGUGAGGUUAUACCGUCGAAAUGGGUUCGAAAUCACAUACGAGGACACACUCCCUAUCAACGAAGAAAUAGGUGAUGCUCCGUACUAUAUCAUGGUAGGGACUUCAUCGGGUUGA